UUUUAUUUCUUCCUCGUGUCCGAAAGUUUUUGAAUAUAGCGCGGCAUCGCGCGCUUGAUCCCGGCGGUAUGGGAAAAGAAUUCGCGCCAAGCAGCGCCACCUGGUGGCCACGAGGCGCGGGAGUUGUCUUCCGCUUUCCGUUGCGUGCGUUUACUUUCCUGCCGCACGCACAACGUAGACAGUGGCGUAGCGGAAAUAGCGAUUCCGUGAUUUUCCCCGGGGCACGCUCCGUUUCCGCAAAGCUGUAACCUACGCAUCGCGCAGUUUGAUGCACGUCAUCGUGGACCACGGAAUUGAUUCGUAAUCGCGAAGUGUGAAUUCUUGUGCGCGUUGCUGUCGUGUGCGGGCAGCGGGACGGGAACCCGCCGACGAGUUGCGCGUCUGUGAGAACGGCGUUCUCCUCGGCGAGCGUGACGUAAUUGUAUUGAUCGCGGCGGAGGAAGGGCCCGAGAGAGUCGCGCAUUCGCCAUCUUGGGACGAAUUGGUAGAAAAAGAGUACUCUGCGUCCUCCAGCUAGGCGCGGUGCCGUCGUCGUCGUAGGUGGUAAUCCGUGGCGAUCCGCGCAUUAAUCUAAUUUCACUGGGAGUUAACCCUGUUGUGAAUUGGUAACCCAUUUGGACGGACCAAGACAAAGGGUUCGUUCUUUUGGGUCUGAUUGGUACUAAAUGGUUGCGUGCAGACAGCAUGUCUACUCUGUCAGGGAUUGUGUCGAAGGGGGAGAAAGGAAAAUCCAAGUUUCAAUCAUUAGAUAUCAAUAGCUUGUACCGGGUGAGUAGGGGUGAAUCUUUGGAGCCACAUCAACAAAAAAAUACAUUACCUCGCAAACAUGGAAUGCAAAGUCUUGGAAAGGUGCCUUCGGCACGGCGUCCUCCAGCUAAUUUGCCCAGUUUAAAAAGUGAAACCAGCAGCAGUGAUCCAGCUGUCAGUCUUGUGCCAAGUGGAGGAAGUGGUUGGGCUACUACUAAGGAUUCGACAUCGUCGAUCACUACUACUACCACCACAGUAGCAACUUCACUAGAUAAUACUACUACUGUUUCUUCAACAGCACAAUGCGCAGCAGGGACCACUGUUUCAACAUCCCUACAUUCUUUACUGCCGACACAACAAAAUGCGUCACAAGCUUCUUUUUUGGAUCAAGCAAACAACAAAUCAUCAUGGAGCGCGAUCAUGAGCAGAUCAGGAGACGGUACGCCCAUUGUGGCAGCAGUGGUUGGUUACGCGGGGCUCGUGGGGGGCGCGAAAGGGGGAAGAGGUGCCCUUGGACUAAGUUUCCUCGCCCACCAGUCCCCGCAGUUCCAACACGAGUUUCCCAGUCUCAGUGGACAGCCGUCCGCCUCCGUCUCCACUCAGAGCCAGACUCAACAGUCCUCAACAACAUCCAAUGCAAUUUCAGUCGCGGUCCAUCACUCGUUACUACAGCAACAGCCGUAUUCCCACAACCACUCAGGUGGAAUACCGGGAAAUCAACAGCAAUCGAAUCGAGAGUUAAAUGCGCAAUAUGGUCCAGGUCCAAGCUUGCGUCCGCAGACCGAAGGAAGUUGGAUUCAAGGCGGAAGUCGUACGGCAAGUGGCGCAGUACCAGUAACAUCAGCUGGUCCAGGAAAUGGGAAUACUCCGGCGGGCCAGGGCCUCCCUUUAAAUAUACCUGUUUCAGGAGGACAUACCCAGGAGGGACCCGGUGGAGGGCGGCAGAACUUGGGCCAAUCGCCCAACAUGGGCGCGGGCCCGGGAGGCCAGCAUAAUUCUGUAAACAAUCAAGGUUCUGCGCCUUCUUCCAGUUCCCAGAUUGGGCCAAACAUGCAUCACUAUCGGGGAAUUAUCCCGCCAUUUAUGUAUAGAUCAAAUUUUCCUGCUGGAUUUUCUUCGCAUAUUACAUCAAAUUCUGGAUCCAACACUCCUCGACCUAGAUUUAAUCAUCCUUUGGAUCGAUUCCCACCUCCUCAACGCGAACGCGUGGCUGAGGAAGAAAUUCUGACUAGACCCAUCAUCAAGGAGGAAGACCUUACUCGUAUGGAUGAUAUUUCCCGUGAUGCAGGAUGGGCUGCGCACGAUGAUAUUGAUUAUAACCAAAAAUUGGCCUUUAGCGAUGACGAACCUGAACCAGAAUCAUCGAAAAAUGAUGAGAAAAAAGAUAUUAAAGAGAAAAAGGGCGAUGAUAACAUUGCAGAAGAAAAGGAGAAACCUCGAGAUAAUCGAGACUCGAAGGAACUCCGCGAUCCGCCGCAUCGUCCUUGGACUCAACCUAUGAAUCGUGAUUAUCGUGGAUCGAAUGGUGCAAGUGCUGGCUACGCCAGUCAAUCGCAAUUGCACUCUGUACAUUCUUUGAGAGGUGUCGAGGACGACGAGACGUGGAACGAAAGACGUAGAAUUAAAGUCGAAGUUGCGUCCGUUGUCGAGCGUGCACGUUUACGCAAGGAAGAAGAGGAGAAACGUUUCCAAGAAUCAACGAAGCAAGCGGCAGCUAAGAAAUUACAAGACUUGGAACAAAAGAUGAAAGAGAAGCAGGCGAAACAUAAGGAUGAGGAACGCGCGCAAUCUGGCGAGUCCAAAAGCUUGAUCAGUGUUCCGCCUGUACCUCUUCCUAUACCCGAGUGGGAGAGGGAGAAGGAGAACAGGGAACGCGAAAGCAGAGAAAGAGAACGUUCUCGUACUUCGUCCGAAGGAAAAGAUGAGAAGAUUAUGGCAAAUAUAAGUAUCUGUCGUGACACUCGCGACAAUUUAAGAGAAGGCAGAGAUCAAGGACUGACGGACUUUCGUCAGAGCGAUCGACAGUCUUUCUUACGACAGCAAGAUACAGUGCGUAGCGAACGCGAAAGGGAACGCGAUCGCGAUCGUGAUCAAAGAGACUCGAGAGAUCGCGAACAACCGGCGUUCUCUCGACACUUUCAAAAUAAUUUGCCCCCUAGGUUUCAAAAGCAGCAGGCAGAGAGAAGUAGUGCGAAUUUUAAUCGGAUUUCACCGAAUGCGGAAAGGCCUGCUUCUCAGUCUGUGCCGUUCUCUCAACAAUACGAUCCUGGUAGAUGGCUUCAUAAUUACAAUUCAUUGAUAGAUAGUGGUAUGAAGCAAUCUUUGCCAUCACAACGACGUAGCAGAACCGAUUCGGAUGCAUCGGCACCAUUGGAUGAUGAAAGACCUCCGUCACGAGACCAUCGCGGUGGUGCACCAUCAUCAAGAGAAGAUCGUUAUCGGCAUUCCUCGCAUCGGUCCUACGAUAGUCGCAAACCAGGUGGUUAUUAUGACGAAUACAGCCGUAAUUUCAGAGAUUAUGAAUAUGAUGACAGGCAUUCUCGCGAUUCGUGGGAACGCGAGAGACAUUUUGAUGAUAAAGAACGAGACCCGAAGGAGAUUUUAGACUCGAAAGAUAAUCGGGACAACCGAGAUACCCGUGACAGUCGUGAUACUCGAGACAAUCGAGACGGUCGCGAUGUCAAAGAUUCUCGUCCUACCAGCCGUGAUGCUCGAGAUGUGAGAGAUGUACGUGACAAAGACAAAAAGGAUUAUGACAAUUACUCAAAGGAUUCUUUCGACGAGCGAGAACGCGAGCAAAGAGAGCGCUCUGAGAAUCCGGAGUGGCGUGAAGAACGCAACGUGGGACAGGACAGACAACUUGAAAAUCGUCGUGAUGCACCGAAGGAGGAGCGUAACGAACGUCCGCAGAGACCAGACUCACGUGAUAGUCGCACCUCCAGAGAAUCGAAAACGUCUUUACGCGAUGAUGAAUUGCAUAAAUUACGAGACUGUACUUCUUGGGUAAAUGAAGUAUCAGAUUACGAGGAAAAGAAACGAGAUUUGUAUCACGAAGAAACUAGAGAAAGGGAGAGAGAUAGAAGGCAACCGCCUGGUCCAGUUACUAAAGAGAAAAUUGAAGCGGAUGAAUUGAAGAAUGAGAAGCGCAGUUUGACUCAACUGAAAAGAGGUAGUUCUGAUCUUCAAGAAAAGAAAGAUCAACCGAAAGAAAAUGUCGUAGAAACGAAAAAGGAUACGGAUGUGUGGAAUAGGAAAACGGAACGUACUCCGGAAAGUAGACAAAUUGAGAGAGGUGAUAAUUCUCCGAAGGCAUGGGCUGAUGCGAUAUCACCGACUUUUGAAAAAGAAGAGGAAAAAAUAGCUGAAGUCGUUAAAGAUAGCAAGGAAAACGAUGAAAUUAAACAGAGCUUAUUGGAUAAGUCCGUCUUGGAGAAGAGAGAGGAACCCGUUACGGAAGAUGCCAAAGAGCAAGCUAAGGAUGAGAAGAGAGAAAAGAGUACGCGCAAUAGAACGAGUAGCAGUGGCUCCAAUUCUAGAAUCCGAGAAUCUCGCGGUGGACGUCAGUGGGGAGGAACUUUCAGCGUUUAUACUCGCGGUUGGCGUGGCCCGGAAUCCAGAGGACGAAGGGGUGGACCACGAUCCGCUGGUAAAUCUGGAAUGUCUACUAAGAGCGGUUCAUAUGGGCACACUGAUUCCGAGAACAGCGCUGAUGAGAUAUCCGGCUCUACCGAGUCUGGAAAAGAAGAUAAACGAUCGGCUCGCUCUCCAAAACCGUCACAAAAGGUUGAAAAGGAGGAGCGCAAUCGCGAGGUAUCGAGGCGAGAUGACAAGCGAGGUACUGAGUAUCCUCAGGCACGCAGCGAGAAAAGAACGUAUGAUGGAAAGCCCAGCCAUGAGGCUUUUGCACCAUCAGGCGAGCCAUCUCGUCGUGGCAGAGGCGGUUUCCGUAUUCGGAAUACGGCUACGGGUAGUCGCAUGGAAGGCUACGGGCCUCCAUCCAGCAAGAGUCCGUUCUCGUCGGAACGUAAUACGGACGAGAAGCAUCAGCAACAAAAUGCCGGUCGGCAAAAUCCGCCGACUCCGACUUCAGAAAAAGAAGCAAGUCUAUUGCAAUCCGCGCCAGUUGAAUCCGCCGAUGACAAGAUAAUCGCGAAGCAACAGGCACUUACUUUAGGUAUUACGGGCAGACGUAAUAAGUCUCCGAGUCAACAAACUCCUCAGUCUGGUAACAAACAAGAAACGAAUCAUGCGAGUCAAGUCACCAAUGUCCCAUCCCAAAAAAUACAAAUGCGAAAAGAAGAGUCACGUUCUAAGAGAACUCGUAGUGGAAGUAGAAGAGGAAGAGAUAACCGCGAAGCCCGUUCACGCGGCAGCAGCGGCAAUCUGUCGAAACAGCCUCAGUCAGACGUGGGUAACGAAGAUUGGGAAACCACAUCGGAAAAUAGCGAGGAGCACAUAGAUGAUCAUAAAGAGUCUCGUAACAGUCGCAACAAGCAUUUUGGUGGGCGAGCUAUUCAAUCUGUGAAUCAGAAUGCUAUCGGCACGAACGUGCAUUCCCGUAGAGGCGAGCAAUCGGCAAAUACUAGAGAGCAACGCGAGAAAAAUCCCAAGUCUUCCAAUCCGACGUCGCGAGCCCCAGGAGCGGAAAAACGGAAUCUGCAGAAUGCUGGAUUUAGCACUCAGAAGAAUCAUACUGAUGGCAUACCGCCUCUAAUGCAAAAUACGCAAAUACAGAACGGAGGAAGAUCCAGAAGUCAGAGCUCCACUAACAGUGGCGCGGUCACAAAUAAACCAAAUAACAAAGAUAGCAUGGUUAAUCGUAUCGAUGAGAUCAAGCUCAGCGAUCCGAAUCUGGUGAAUCAAGCGCUGAAUGAUCUUAACAAGAAGUCUCAGACGAAAGACAAAAAGCUAAUGGACUCGGAGAUCGAAACAAACAGCUGUACCGAAGAUGCUACAAAUGUUGCAGUAGAAGAUAAGGUAGACGCUGACGGUUUCCAAGAAGUACGUUCAAAGAAAAACGUGAAAGAGUCCAGGCACAAUCAGAAGGAGGAAGCGAAACCUAUUAAGAGAGACAAGGAGAAGGAGCGUGAACGUGAUCGUUCGAAAUCGAAGUCGAACGGGUCGCAGCAAGUUUUGCAGCAAGUGCAAAAUAUACCACCCUUACUUGGACAGAAUAUCCCUCAACCGGCGAACAUCCCACAGAAGUAUGACAGUCGAAAUUCUCGAAAUCCAAGACUUGCGCCGCGUUUCCAACGUUUAGUGAAACAACAACAGCAACAACAAAUGUGCGUAACCGAUGCGAGCGAUAUGAACAAACUGAAUAGCUCGGGCAAUAACUACACUAAGGACUCUUCGAAUAGUCCUGCACCUCCCCCAACAGUCAACGCUUGGGAUAAGCCUUUCACAAGCCAGUUGCGUUCGAAUUCUCCAUCCGCGGUUCCUACCGACAUCCAAUUGAUGUCUGGUUUAACGGCACAGAAUGACCACAGUCACGAAGGCAACGAAGCCAACUCUGGACAUAGCAGCCAACGAAAUUCUCCGAGCGGCGAGAAAACGGGGAAAAAUCUGAAGGAAACUCUGACGGAAAAGAACGUGUCCGAUGUGUCUUCGCCUCCCGUACAGACUUUAAUCUUCGAAAAUACGAAUUACUCGAAGACUACCAAAACGAGUGGACCGACGGACCUGGCAGUUAAAUCGAAGUUUUCGAAUCAUAUCAAGACGCAACAACGAGCCGAAAAGCGUGCGGAAAUGGAGGAGGAAGGCAGUCAAGUCCAGCAGCAUCAGCAGCCAACGCUUUCCGUCGCGUUUUCCAAUAAACCGAACGAUCUGAUCAAAGACAAGAAUCAAGAACCUAUCCAAAUGCCUUUGUCUUUCAACAAGAACGAAGACAAUGCUGAUAUGAAAUUGGACUUCACUUUUGACUCUGAUCUUUCACAAUUGACGGAAGAUAAGAGCAAGAGUUUGGGCAUGGCACGUUCCAUGCAUAUGGCUGGUGGCCAGAGCACGAUAUCGCCGUCGACCGCGGAGCUCAAUCUUAAAAUCGCAUCUGUAAAGAAAGUUUGGGAAAAUGCGCCACCAAUGCCGACGGUGGUCGAACACGAGGAUGGUACUGGUGUAGUCAGUAGCGCUACUAGCUUUCCACAGGCGUUCGAAAGCGGCGACGUCGAUGAUAGUUACAGUCCUCACCAACAAUACAAUCAGAGCAAUAUAAAAAAUGAAAUCACAACAUCUACAAAUGUGUGCAAGCUGGUUCCCCCGCAGGUGAAGCCGCAGCAACAGUCUUCGGGAAGCAGUGGUACACAACCAGGAUCUACUGUGCCUGGACCAAGUCCGAUCGGAGCUGGUCAAAGUCCUAUUGGCCAUCCUCCCGUUAGUCUCCAAGGUCCCCUAAGUCCACCUCCGUUCAAUUCUACGGGACAACCCUCGCAUAUUAACUAUCAGGAAUUUCCGCAAUAUCCUGGUUCACAAGCGGCACAAUACGGUGGCAUGUCGGCUAUACCGUCGCCGCCUGCGGUGUUAUUCAAUACAGGCUCGGGACAAUUACCAGCUCAAGCCGGCGGUUUAUACGGAGCGUUUCAAUUGGAUCAGAGUCGAUCACCGUUUACGCAGUAUGCGCCAUAUGCUCCGUCCCUCCAAAGCUCGUUCAGCCAACAAAACGUGUACUUGCAGCAACCUCCACCGCCGCCACCUCAUGCACCGAAUGCUCCCACGCCAGAGAUGUACCAAAGCAAUUUGUCUCAAUAUCGUAUUACCGCGGCAGCUGCUCCGCCCUUCGGACAAAAUCAGCAGCUCAGUAAUAAUCCAAAUACGGUGUUAAUCAGUUCAUCAUCAAACUCUCUAAUGUCGGCGAGCGUCAAACCAUCGUCCCAACCAAUUGGGGCAAUUGGAACUAAAGCUCCGCAUUUCCAGACUCCGUCUGCUCAACCUAAUCAAUUGGCUUAUAUACCAUAUGAUCCAAAUCAAGUGCUCGGUGUUAGCGGUAGUUACAUGAGUAAUUCGCAAUUAGUACAAAGACCUGGUCCAAACGUACAAGCAUCCAACAGUUAUUACAGCGCUACAUCUGCCGAUGUAUUUCCUGGAUCGCAAACAGGCUUCUAUCAAUCUGGUGGUGCUACUCAACAAACUGGAACUCAUUAUGGUCUACAAGGAUUUGGUCAGCAUAGCCAAAGUCUGGCAACUGGUAGUGCAACUCCUGUCGGUCUACAAAAUUAUGGUCCCAGCUUCUUAUCCGGUUCAGGAUUACAAAUAGCCGCGGCAGCUCAACAGUUUCGCAAUCCCACUGGUGGUUUGCCAGGUCCAGGAAAUGCAGCUCCCACAUUUCUCAGUAAGCACCAACCGCAAGAACAGCCCAGACAGUUAAAGAGUCCAUCAGGAAACCAGCAAGAUGUGCUUGCAUCGGUUUUUAGCUCAACUCCUCAAAUACCAUCACCUAAAUCAAGAAAUUGCAAACAGCAAUCUUCAUCACAACAACCACAACCAAGUCCUACACAACAUCACAAGUAUCAACAAUAUCAGGGCGUUAGUCAGUCUGCUCUGGUAAGCAGCUACAAUAACUACGUUUUACAACAGAAUGUACGUGGAAUGGGUAUGCCACCUCGAGCUGGUAUUCAACCGUCACAACAGCGUUAUCCACCUCCAAUACAACGACCUGUGGUACCAUUUGCACCAGGUCCAAACCCGAAUAAUCCUACGCAACAGCAGCCUGCUUGUAUGCCGACGCAACAGCAGCAACAAACUCAAAUUAAUCGCCAUAGACCGAAUUUACAUCAACAACAGCAGCAACGUAAUAUGAAGAUACAGCAGCAAUAUUAUUCACCCCAAGGAAACGUUAAAAUGGAUUCCAGUGACAAAUCUGACAACCAUAACGAUAAGAUGAACGAUGGUCCUUCUGGAACACAGCCUGGGAAUAACAAGUCCAAUGUGAAUCAACAAGACAGUGAUAACAAUAAGGAAGAAGUGAAUCAGCAAAACGAGUGAACGUGAAUAUUCGUGAGGGUGAACACAUUUGCUCUUCUAUUUUGUGGAAAAAAACACCUUUCUUUGAUUAAACCUUUGAUAUAAUGUCGUCGAAAAAUAAGGGCAAAGACUAACGUGCUUUUCUGUUUCUCGAGAAAUACAGCACGGCAGUGUCACAAUGGAAUUCAUUCAUCUACGAAUUCACGUGCUUAUAUAAUCGAUUAGCAAUUAAAUAGAUGAGUUAAAAAUCUGAGUUUCGUACUAUAUUGAAA